UUAAAUCUUGUUUAAUCUAUCGAUUGAGUACAAGAUCCGGAAGAUCACAUAGCUUGUGGCUCGGGAGUCCCGUCCUCUUGAGAUCCUAUAUCCGGAACUUGGGCAUGUCUAGUCAGGCUCUUCACAGGAAACUGGUUCGAAAGAUUGACAUAAUCUGUAGGCAAACCCCUUUUCAUGUCCAUACAUCUAUAAUCUUUCUGAGCAGUUCUGCCAAUCCUGACCAUCUCCUAUGGUCUUCGUGCGUAUCUUUUGGAAGGUAAAAAAUCGAAAUGACCAAGGAAAUUCCAUUUGCUGUCAGAACUGUAUGAUAAAUUGGUAUUGGGGUCUGCCUCCGUGUUUGGGAUCAUUGAGGACUUGAAACUUUCCACCAUCGUCUGGACUCAUUGCUGUCAACUCAAAUUUCCCAGAUGGAUACAUUGUCGCUGUGCUUCCCAUAGCGGUGUUAUUGCAACAAUGGCCGCUGAUCAAAACACUCUCUGCCAUGAUCUGUAUUUGGGGCGUCGUUUGUAUCUUGACAGUGGUAGUCACCUCAUAUCGCGGCUUGGUGGUCCAGAGGGUUUUCCUCGGUAUCGUAGAAUCCUCCGUAUCUCCAGGAUUCGUUCUGAUAACCUCAUUAUGGUACACAAAAGAAGAGCAGACCACACGACUUGGGAUAUGGUAUUCGUCGACAGGCAUCUUCAGCAUGUUUUCUGGAAUAGUCAAUUAUGGCAUCGGACACGCUGGGGGGAAAUUGGCCGCCUGGAAAUACAUGUAUAUCUUCACAGGAGCCUGGACUAUUAUUUGGGGUUUUGUAGUGUUUUGUGCCAUUCCAGAAUCACCCAACAGCCCUGGACGACGUUUUUCCGAGGAAGAAAAGAUACUAUUGAAAAAACGUUUGGUAUUAAACAUGACCGGAAAGGAUCGAACACGAUGGAAGCCGAGACAAGCUGUCGAGGCGAUCAAGGAUGUGAAGUUAUGGAUAAUGAUGCUCUGCGCUGCAGCGAUAUACGUUUCCAAUGGUGGCGUUACUGCGUUCGGAGCCCGUAUCAUUCAGUCGUUUGGAUAUAGUUCUCUGGACGCGAUCCUUUUGCAAAUACCCGGGGGGGCCAUGACUUGCCUCGCCAUAUACCUUGUCGGCUAUCUUGCAGGAAGGUUCAAGGACUCUCGGACCUACAUCCUUCCCCUUUCUUGCUUGCCGGUCAUCGUUGGUUCCGUGAUGAUAUGGAAGGGUUCCUGGGUUCACAAAGCUCUGCCGCUAUGGGGUUACUAUCUAUUACCGACAUUCGGUGCCCCUUACGUUGUUGUCCUCUCCAUUGCAGCGUCGAACGUAGCCGGGGGUACGAAGAAAGCAAUUUGUAAUGGGAUGAUCUUCAUAGGGUACAACGUCGGGAACAUCGUUGGAGGUUACAUCGUUUUUGCGGAUGAAACCGCGAUGCACUAUCGUUCUACGUGGAUCGCUAUCAUCGUCUGUAUGUGCUUUGUUGUUGGUUCUUCUUUUGUACUUCGGUUCGUCAUGUCGCGAGAGAAUGCGAGACGCAACGCGGCCGCUCGUCAGCGAACAGUGGGUAAUUCCGAUAAGGAGGAAACCGAAUUUCAGUCGGUUACCAACGAUAAUAAUCUCGAAGGUGAGGAUCGGACUGACUGGGAGCAAGAAGACUUUCGAUAUGUCCUUUAGGCUUUCAGGUGGCUAAUACUACUAGUGCUCAUACAUAUGCGCGGUUAUUCUUGUCACGUUCGCAAAAACCUAACUAAGUAUCAUGCACAUGGAACAUUGGAAUGUGUUGGGCGCGCCUCUGUUGAUUCAACGAUUCAUAGCCACGAUGGAUAGACAGCUCUUUCUCAAAAAUAGAUCGUUCGAACUUCUCGCCG